CCGGCUCCCUUUUCUUCCCGAACAUCAUCUGCCUUAACCCUAACCCAUUCCCCGAUUCGUCUGUCUCGCCGGCGAUUCGAGGUGAAGAUUCAGCCCAAGCUCCGACAACCUUCAAGCUCCGUCAGUCGUAGGUUCGACUCUGCCCGACUGUUCCGACUUCCCAGCAUCAAAUCUUCGAGGUUCGACCGCUCCGUGAGUCCGUAGCUCGACUUUCGAGGCCCAGGUUCGAUCGUCUGAGCUCUGCCUGAGCUGUUCCGAGUCUCCGAUGACCUUCAAGCUCCGUGAGUCGUUACUCUCAGCUCUGCCCAACCGAUCGUCUCAGCUCUGUCCGACUUCCGAGUCCGAACCGUUAGCUCCGAGCUUCAGUCCAAGGUUCGAGAACUCCGCGAGCUCUGCCCGUAGUUCGGACUUUCGACUCUGAACUGUGAGCACUGAACCGUGAGCUUCAGUGAGCACUCCGUGAGCUCUGCUUGCUCACUCUGUCCCGACUCCUGAGACUCCAUAUCGCAAAAAAAAAAAAAAAAGGUACUCCUCUUGGUUGCUGAAAUUGGAAUUGCUUAUUGAAAUUGAAAUUGGGAUUGCUUACUGAAAAUGUAGAGAAUACGUGCACACAACAACAUGUUACGGUUUAUGACUUGGAGAUGGCAAGUAUGAUCAUGGUCGUUAGAAUCAUGAUUCAAGUCGUACGAUUCUAUGAUUUAAAGGGGCCCACCGAUUCCGAUUGCACCUGGUGGAUCAGAGAAGUAGAAUCGGGAGUUGAAUCGGUAAAUCGUGGAAUCGGUGGGAGUCAUCCGAUUCUACAAUGUGCUACCACUGCCAGCCCAAACAUGGUCAAAGCCUAGCCAAGCAGCCCAAGCCCAGCCCAUUUGCUCGAUCGGUCCAUAAAGCAGCCCAAGCCCAGCCGAGUGACUUUUCAUCCCAAGUUGGGAUCGUAAUUUCCAUUUUAGUGGGGAAAGAACUUGCAAUUUUGUGAUCAAUCAACUUAUUUUUAUAGAUGUUCUUUGGGAUAAUCCUUUGGAAAUGAAACUUGCCAUAAUAAUCAUGUAAAUAUCGACAAUGCCAUCUUGAGAUUAUAUGCCAUCUUGACAUAAUCAUGUAAACCUUAGCGGCAGCCCUAUGCGAAGGGAAAAAUCAGAGUCUGUCGCCGUUGCUGCAGUCACAUGAGCUUCUUCCGAAACCAUUCCGGCCUGUUCUCUUCACUCCAGAGGUCCCUCAGCUCCCAAUUGCUCGAAGCUCGGGGCACCACCCAGCUCCAGCAAUGGCGGCUCAUCACCAAAGUGAGGCUCAAGUGGGUGAAGAACCGGAGCCUCGACCACGUGAUCGACACCGAGACCGACCUCAAAGCCGCCUCACUCCUCAAGGACGCCAUCAAGCGCUCCUCCACCGGCUACCUCACCGCAAAGUCCGUCGAGGACUGGCAGAAGCUGCUCGGCCUCACCGUUCCUGUCCUCCGCUUCCUUCGCCGAUAUCCUACUCUCUUUCAAGAAUUUCCGCAUCCCCGUUAUGCGAGCUUGCCGUGUUUCAAGUUGACAGAAACUGCGAUGCUGCUCGACUCGCAGGAGCAGAGCAUUCACCAGAAUCACGAGUCAGAUACUGUGGAGAAGCUCUGUAGAGUACUUAUGAUGACGAAGAGUCGAACACUUCUAUUGCAGUCGAUAGUCCCUUUGAGGUGGGAUCUUGGUUUGCCUGAUAACUUCAUGAAACAAUUGAUCCCCAAGUACCCGGGUCACUUUCAGUUUGCCAAGGCUCCGAACGGGUCUGUGAGUGUGAAACUCAAGGAAUGGAGAGAAGAAUAUGCGGUUUCAGCAUUGGAGAAGAGCAAAGAGGAUAACAAUGUCGGGGAUGAAUAUCGGCAGUUCAAGAGGGGACAGACGGCGCUUUCAUUCCCAAUGACCUUUCCGAGGGGAUAUGGGGCUCAGAAGAAGGUUCGGGCGUGGAUGGAGGAGUUUCAGAAACUGCCAUACAUCUCGCCCUAUGAGGACUCACGGAGAAUCGACCCCAAUAGCGAUCUCAUGGAGAAGCGGGUUGUCGGGGUGCUUCACGAGAUCUUGAGCUUGACCAUUCACAAGAAGACCAAGAGGAAUUACUUGAGGAGCCUGAGAGAAGAGCUAAAUCUACCCCACAAGUUCACGAGGAUAUUCACGAGGUAUCCCGGGAUAUUCUACCUCUCCCUUAAGUGUAAGACCACGACCGUUGCUCUCAGGGAAGGGUACCAUAGGGGUAAGUUGGUGAACCCGCACCCCCUCGCUCGUUUACGGGAAAAGUUUUAUCAUGUGAUGAGGACAGGGCUGCUGUACCGCGGUAAAGGGGUCGAUAUGCUAUCUCCAGAAGAGAUAUUGCUUGAUAAUGGAGAGGAUGAGAGCGAAGGUGAGGAGGAAGAGUCAGAAGUUGAAGAGGCUGACAUGGGUGAGGACUGCUUCGAGGAAAUCUCGGAGCUUGACGAUGAGUCGGAUGAAGAGUAAUAAGUUCACCAGGGACGGAACAAAAGAAAAUCAUUGCUAGGCAACAUUAAGUUAUAUCGCCACUUGCGCAUCGCUCCGAGGCAGUCACUCACUCCUAACAAGGAAGACGGAAGGAAGGACAAUGCCGGGAUUAAUUGACUUGAGAAGAUAAUUCAUCAUGGGUGAACCGUACGUGUAUGGAUAAUUUGGAAGUUGCAUUCUGUCAUGCUGACUUGUGAGCCUGAAAAUGCCAAACGGUAAAACAUCUUCGGGUUUGUUAAGGACAAUGUGAGUCCAGUUCUCUUUCAGGGGAGGAACAGUCCCUUUUCCCUUCUCAUGGCAUGUGGAUUGUAGCAACUCAAUUGAUGGUGAAGAAACUGCGUCAUUUUUUUCAUUACAA